AUGUUCCCACAUCUCGAUUUGUCUCGCUCGCGGCCGGUCAAUCUCGCGGACCGGUUGCACUACCCAGGUGGCCGCGCCGGGAAGAACAAGCUUGGCAAAGCCAUACGUUCCUGGAUAAGUAAGGUUAUAACGGUCAGUACCCCUCAGCUUCCAUACCCUCGAGCUCCACCUCUGUCCAAUAGACCUAUCCCCACCCCCACCUCCUCAGCUCCACCUCUGUCCGAUCGGCUUGUCCUCAGCUCCACCUUGGUCCGAUCGACUCGUCCUCAGCUCCACCUCAGUCCCUCGUCCUCAGCUCCACCUCGGUCCGAUCAACUUGUCCCGUACAGCAUCAACCAACACCAUCGAACUCUGGCCUCAGUAACCACCGGUGUCAGUAACCAGGAUCGUUGCUUGUUCGUCGUUGUCUUGUCACUCCAUCGUUCUCAGUCACUCGUCCUCAGCUCCACCUCGGUCCGAUCAACUCGUCCCGUACAGCAUCAACCAACACCAUCAAACUCUGGCCUCAGUAACCAGGAUCUUUGCUCGUUCGUCGUUGUCUUGUCGCUCCAUCGUUGUCGUCGACUCAACCCUUUGUAA